UGGAGAUGGAUUGUAUGACUCCUAUAUGAGGAUAGAUCAGAUUAGGUACCAAGAGUCUACAAAUGAAGAACACAGCCCCUCGGGACUUCCUUCGCUUGGAAGAUCUAACGUUUCUAGCAACAAACUCGCAAUGAAGGAUCACCCUCUGACUGGAAGUCAGGUCAAAGUGGAGCAAUUAUUUGAGGACUCUGGCAAUAGAAGGAGUAGCGCUCUUCAGUCUGCAGGAAUUACUGGCUCAGAACGCUCUCUUCCUUCCCUGACAAAAGAUAAAAGUAUAGAGAGCAUAAGCACUUCUAAAGGUGGUGGUAGUUCCUCAAAAGCACACAAAGCCAUUUCCCAAGCUCCAGAGCAAGCUGUCAAACAGUACAAACAUCAGUUAUCUGCUUAUGAGCAGCAAGAGAUAUUUAAUUUUUCUGAAAUUUACUUUGUGGGUCCAGCUGCAAAAAAGAGACAAGGAGUUAUUGGUGGUCCCAACAAUGGAGGUUAUGAUGACGACCAAGGCAGCUACAUCCACGUGCCCCAUGACCAUCUUGCUUACCGAUAUGAAGUACUCAAAAUCAUUGGCAAGGGCAGUUUUGGACAAGUUGCUAAAGUCUACGAUCACAAACUCCACCAACACUUAGCCUUAAAGAUGGUUCGCAAUGAAAAGAGGUUCCAUCGCCAAGCAGCAGAAGAAAUCCGGAUUCUGGAGCAUCUGAAGAAGCAGGAUAAAACGGGCAGUAUGAAUGUUAUUCACAUGCUGGAAAGCUUCACCUUUCGGAACCACAUCUGUAUGACCUUUGAACUCUUGAGUAUGAACCUGUAUGAGCUGAUUAAAAGAAAUAAGUUUCAGGGCUUCAGUAUCCAACUGGUACGCAAGUUUGCUCACUCUAUACUGCAGUGUUUGGAUGCCCUUUAUAGAAACAAAAUCAUACACUGUGACUUGAAGCCAGAAAAUAUCCUCCUAAAACAGCAAGGGAGGAGUGGAAUCAAGGUUAUAGAUUUUGGGUCCAGCUGUUUUGAGCACCAAAGAGUCUACACGUAUAUUCAGUCUCGAUUUUAUCGGGCGCCAGAGGUGAUACUGGGAAGUCGCUAUGGGAUGCCCAUAGACAUGUGGAGUUUUGGCUGUAUUCUGGUGGAGCUAUUGACUGGAUAUCCCCUUUUUCCUGGAGAGGAUGAAGGAGACCAGUUGGCUUGUAUGAUGGAACUUCUUGGAGUGCCACCUCAGAAGCUUUUGGAUCAAUCCAAGCGAGCCAAGAACUUCAUCAACUCUAAGGGUCAUCCUCGCUACUGCACUGUAACUACGCAUGCAGAUGGAAGAGUGACCCUUAACGGGAGUCGAUCGCGCCGGGGUAAAAUACGAGGUGCUCCAGGGAACAAAGACUGGGUGACAGCACUGAAAGGCUGCGACGAUCCCUUGUUCAUAGAGUUCUUAAAAGAAUGUCUCAGCUGGGACCCUUCCGCACGCAUGACUCCGAGUCAAGCUUUAAGGCACCCCUGGAUUUGUAAACGAACGCCCAAACCACCCAGCACUGAUAAAACCUCCAAUAAACGGAUUUCUAGCUAUACAAGUUCUUUCACAGGAAUAGGUUCCAAGUUGCCUCCUGUAGUUGGGGUAGCGAACAAGCUGAGGGCUAAUUUAACAUCCGACUCCAACGGCAGUAUACCUCUAUGUACUGUGCUACCCAAACUGGUCAGCUAA